AUGGCGAGUGGCCCUCGACGGAACCUCCCAACCAGUCUUCGCAUUCCCCCCUCUACCGUCGAGUGGACCGUGACCAAAAAGUACGACAGCAACAACACCCGCGAGAUCGAAAAGAUGGGCUCCCCUCUUGGCUCGCCAACCCUGGCGGCCUCGACGGCAAAGUUCAGGAACAAGGUGCCAGCGCAGAUGCAAAGGUGUCUGCCGUUAUACAUAGGAUGCGUCUGCCUUCUCCUCAUUAUCCUCAAUUUCGACGUCUUUUACGCCAUCCCGAGUCCCCUCGAUCUCAUCUGGAGAGAGGGUGAUCAUCCCACACCGCCCAGCCGUGGUAGCUCAUUCCCGCAAAAGAUCUGGCAGACAUGGAAGCUAGACCCUCUCAACUUUGAGGACCGCGAUCUCGUCACCUCACGGACAUGGGUAGCCAAGAACCCCAACAUGCGAUACGAAGUUUUGACAGACGCCAACGAGAUGGCAUUUGUGGAGGAACACUUUGGGCCCAAUGGCCUCAACCGACCAGACAUUGUCAAGUUUUACCGCAGCAUCAACUUGCACAUCAUCAAGGCUGAUCUCCUGCGGUACAUGAUCAUGUAUGCUCAGGGUGGAGUGUACGCAGAUAUUGACGUUGAGGCUCUACGGCCUGUGCAUCGCUUCAUCCCCGAGCGAUACGACGACAAGGACAUCGACAUGAUUGUCGGUGUUGAGAUUGACCAGCCUGACUUCAGCGAUCAUCCCAUCCUUGGCAAGAAGUCAAAAUCCUUCUGUCAGUGGACCAUCAUUUCGAAGCCUCAUCAGCCCGUGAUGCUCAAGUUGAUUGAGAACAUCAUGGUGUGGCUCAAGAAUGUCGCCAAGGAGCAAAAGGUUCCGCUUGGAGAAGUCCAGCUCGACUUUGACCAGGUCAUCAGCGGUACAGGGCCCUCGGCUUUCACGAAGGCCCUGCUUGAGCAGAUGAACCAGAGGAGGUCGGGUGGACCAAAGGUUACCUGGGACAUGUUCCAUAACAUGGACGAGUCCAAGAUUGUUGGCCGUGUGCUGGUCCUCGACGUGGAAGCGUUCUGCGCGGGACAGGGACACUCAGAUUCGGGCAAUCAUGAUUCGCGUGGAGCCCUCGUCAAGCAUCACUACCAUGCAUCCAACUGGCCCAGCAAGCAUCCUCGAUACAGUCAUCCAGUGUAUGGACAGGUCGAGGACUGCAACUGGAACGCCGAGUGCGUGCGUCUCUGGGACGAGAACGUAGCCGAGUACAACAAGUUGACCGAGGAAGAAAAGAAGACAAAGUUAGACGAGGCAAAGAAGGGUGGCGAAUAG